AUGCAAAAACGCGAUGACAUUGGUAUAGAGAGGCGGUCCAGUUUCUUUUGGAGUUGUGGGAGGAGAAGCUGUAGAUGCAGACAUGGCUUUGUGUUCUCGUCACGAGAAAUAAAGGUUAAAAUACACAAUUUAACAAAUAAAUAUAGAGAUGAGAAGAAAGUUGUUGCGUCUUCAGGCGGUACCCCUCUGCGUGGGCGUACUACGAUUAAGUGCAUCAUAUCCUCGGCGGAUACAAGUAUUUUAACCUUGAAGCAGUUGUGGAAGAGAACCCUUCAAAUUGAGGCAGAGGAUGAAUGCAGCAGCUCUUAUCAAAUGCAAACACCUUCGGUGGAAUUUGCAUUGGAAUUGUCUUCACAACCUCCCAAAAAACGCAGAAAGGAUAACGAAAAUUUCCAAUAUGCAUUUUUGCAAGAAAUUCGGGCGGCCAACCAAACGAUUGCCCGAGAAAUCCAAGAACUGAAGGAAGAUAGUAGAGAAGCGCAGCAAAUUGAGAGGGAACGCAAUGGUAUUCUAGAAAAAUUUUAAAAGCCUUCAAGCAAAAUAGGUAGUGGAAUUUUCUAUCGCUACCCAAAUGAAUACAAAUUUACGAAAACCCACACCAAAAAAAAAAAACUACGGAUUUUAAAAGAAAAAUUAAAAAAAAUGUGAUAAAUGAAUUAUUUUUAUUUUAAGUUUACAGAAUACGAAUUUUA